CCGCCGUCCGUGCUCAAGCGGCCGUCUCCGCCCGGUCUCCUGCGGCUGGUGCGGGAACUGUCAGCUGCGCGUCGCGAGGGGACAGGAGAAGCCCGGCUGGUGCCCUCGCGGGUCUGUGGACAAAACCCGGAGCCGUGCACCGGGGAACUAGGCGGCGUCCUCGGCGGCAGCGCGCACAGCUCACCUGAGUGAUCCUACUAUGCAGUCAGGAACUAAAUCAGAAGUUCCUUUGAGUCUUGUUGAUUUUGCUUUGGGGCUAGAACCGUGCCUGGUACAAGAGACGUAUGAUAAAUAUUUGAAUGAAUAAAACAGCUUACUGAAGAAUAACUCCUGUUCUGGAAGCUGGGAAGUCCAAGGACCAGGUACCAGCAGAUCCUAUGUCUGGGAUUUCCUCUGGAUCAUCCAAAAUGCUUUUAAAACAUACUGGAUAAUUGCAGAGACACUGCCCAAGUGGGACGUCCAUAUUCUCUGCCCUGCUGUCUUCUGAUGACAUUUUGACAAGUUGGAGGCCAAGUUAUCACUGCAAAUGAUGAGUGAUGAAAAGAGCCUUGGGGUGUCCCAAAAGUUGGUCUCACCUUCAAGGAGCACAAGUAGCUGCUCCUCCAAGCAAGGAAGUCGACAGGACAGCUGGGAAGUGGUGGAAGGACUGAGAGGAGAGAUGAAUUACACCCAGGAGCCGCCAGUUCAGAAAGGAUUUUUGCUGAAAAAGAGGAAAUGGCCCUUGAAAGGCUGGCACAAGAGAUUCUUCUAUCUGGACAAAGGAAUCUUGAAAUACGCCAAGAGCCAAACUGAUAUAGAGAGAGAGAAGCUGCAUGGCUGCAUUGAUGUCGGGCUCUCGGUGAUGUCUGUGAAAAAGUCAUCAAAAUGCAUCGACCUGGAUACCGAGGAGCACAUCUACCACCUGAAGGUCAAGUCAGAAGACGUCUUUGAUGAAUGGGUAUCCAGACUCCGCCACCACAGAAUGUACCGUCAGAAUGAAAUCGCCAUGUUUCCACAUGAAGUUAAUCACUUUUUCCCAGGAACCACAGUCACAGAUGGUGCAUCUGGGCUCCUGGACUCCAUUUCAAGUAGGAAGCGCAGCAGCAUAUCAAAGCAGAAUUCGUUUCAAACUGGAAGCAAUUUGUCAUUUUCUUGUGGUGGUGAGUCUCGAGUUCCAUUAUGGUUACAGUCUUCAGAGGACAUGGAAAAAUGCUCAAAAGACCUGGCCCACUGUCAUGCCUACCUGGUGGAAAUGAGCCAGCUCCUCCAAAGUAUGGAUGUCCUGCAUCGGACAUACUCAGCUCCAGCUAUCAAUGCCAUUCAGGGUGGAGCUUUUGAGAGUCCCAAAAAGGAAAAAAGAUCACACAGGAGGUGGCGGUCCAGAGCUAUUGGCAAAGAUGCUAAAGGAACCCUGCAGGUCCCUAAGCCUUUUUCUGGCCCCGUAAGACUGCAUUCCUCCAAUCCUAAUUUGUCAACACUUGAUUUUGGAGAAGAGAAAAAUUAUUCUGAUGGUUCUGAAACCUCAUCAGAGUUUUCUAAAAUGCAAGAAGAUCUGUGUCUUAUUGCCCAUAAAGUUUACUUAACUUUAAGGUCAGCUUUUAAUACCAUAUCAACCGAGAGAGAAAAACUGAAGCAGCUGAUGGAACAGGAUGUCUCCUCCUCCCCUUCUGUCCAGGUCAUCGGUCUGAAGCACGCCCUGUCAUCUGCCUUAGCACAAAACACAGAUCUUAAAGAACGCUUACGCAGAAUCCAUGCUGAGUCUCUGCUCCUCGACCCCCCCGCUGCUGCCAAUUCGGGUGACAGUCUGGCAGAGGAAAACUCCGGAGAUGACAAUCGAGCUCUGGUCCAUCAGCUUUCCAAUGAAAGUAGACUGUCCAUUACUGAUUCCCUGUCGGAGUUCUUUGAUGCACAGGAAGUUCUGUUAUCUCCAAGCUCUUCAGAAAAUGAGAUUUCAGAAGACGAUUCAUAUGUCAGCGACAUAAGUGAUAACCUUUCCUUAGACAACCUUAGUAAUGAUUUAGAUAAUGAGAGACAGACUUUGGGGCCCAUUCUUGAAAGUGGCGUGGAGUCCAAAUCCAGAAGGAGAACCUGCUUGCCAGCCCCGGGCCCCAACACCAGCAACAUCAGCCUCUGGAACAUCCUAAGAAAUAACAUCGGGAAGGACCUGUCUAAGGUGGCCAUGCCUGUGGAGCUGAAUGAACCCCUGAACACGCUGCAGAGACUCUGUGAGGAGCUGGAGUACAGUGAGCUUCUGGACAAGGCCGCACAGAUUCCCGACGCCCUGGAAAGGAUGGUGUAUGUGGCAGCCUUUGCUGUGUCUGCAUAUGCUUCUAGCUACUUCCGAGCAGGGAGCAAACCCUUCAAUCCGGUUCUUGGAGAAACAUAUGAGUGUAUCCGUGAGGACAAGGGCUUCCGGUAUUUUUCAGAACAGGUCAGCCACCACCCACCUAUCUCUGCAUGUCAUGCUGAGUCUGGAAAUUUUGUGUUCUGGCAAGAUGUGAGAUGGAAAAACAAGUUCUGGGGCAAAUCCAUGGAAAUUGUUCCCAUUGGCACAACCCACGUGACUCUGCCAGCUUUUGGAGAUCAUUUUGAGUGGAACAAAGUGACCUCUUGCAUCCAUAACAUCUUAAGCGGACAGAGGUGGAUUGAGCACUACGGAGAGAUUGUCAUCAAGAACCUGAGUGAUGAUUCCUGCCACUGCAAAGUGAAUUUUAUCAAGGCAAAAUACUGGAGCACUAACGCCCGUGAGAUCGAAGGCACGGUGUUUGACAAGAGCGGGAAAGCCGUGCACCGGCUCUUCGGGAAAUGGCAUGAAAGCAUCUACUGCGGCGGCUCAUCGUCCUCUGCUUGCGUCUGGAGAGCGAACCCCAUGCCAAAAGGCUGUGAACAAUAUUAUGGCUUCACACAGUUUGCACUUGAACUAAAUGAAAUGGAUCCGCUGUCAAAAUCUUUAUUACCACCUACUGACACUCGAUUUCGGCCAGACCAAAGGUUUCUAGAAGAAGGGAACUUAGAAGAAGCUGAAAUACAGAAACAGAGGAUUGAAGAGCUACAGAGAGAAAGGCGGCGGAUCUUAGAAGAAAAUAAUGUGGAACACAAGCCACGGUUUUUCAGGAAAUCCACUGAUGACUCUUGGGUGAGCAAUGGGACUUAUUUGGAACUUAGGAAAGAUCUUGGUUUUUCUAAACUGGACCAUCCUGUCUUGUGGUGAAAAGGAAAGAAUGAUCCGUCCUUGUAUUUCUGCAUUUGCUUUCUGAAGUCACAAACUUGUCUAUACAUUUAAAAGAGAGUCUUUAGAAUGAUAAAUUGUGCUUAGCUGAAUGUUGUCAGUAUUUAACUAUAGUCUUCAGUAGAUUUCUUUACAAUUUAAGUUGUUAUCACACUUGUUUAUAUGAAUGUAGAACAUCUUGAUGUUUCUUUUUAUAUAUUAAACUAUUUAAUAAAAAUGAAAG